AUGCAUAUAAAACAGGUGAUAAUCCAGGGUUUCAAGAGUUACCGGGAACAAAUUGUGGUCGAGCCAUUCGACAAACGACACAAUGUCGUCGUUGGCAGAAAUGGUUCGGGAAAAAGUAACUUUUUCCAUGCUAUACAAUUUGUGUUGAGUGAUGAGUUCUCUCACCUAAGACCGGAGCAACGUCUGGCCCUGUUACACGAAGGCACAGGCCCGAGGGUCAUUUCGGCCUUUGUAGAGAUCAUAUUCGACAACUCUGAUAAUAGGAUUCCAAUAGAGAAAGAUGAAAUCUUUCUGCGCCGUGUUAUUGGAUCAAAGAAGGAUCAGUUCUUCCUCAACAAGAAAGUAGUACCUCGGUCUGAGGUGCUUAACCUGCUGGAGAGUGCUGGUUUAUCCAACUCCAACCCAUACUACAUUGUCAAACAAGGAAAGAUUAAUCAAAUGGCCAUAGCGCCUGACUCCCAUAGAUUGAAGCUGCUAAGAGAAGUGGCUGGAACCAGAGUUUAUGAUGAGCGCAGAGAGGAAUCCGUCACCAUUCUAAAAGAAACUGUUGGAAAGGUGGAAAAAAUCAAUGAAUUCUUGCAAACAAUAGAGGAGCGUCUGAAGACUCUGGAGGAGGAGAAAGAGGAGUUGAAGGAGUAUCAGAAAUGGGACCGAGCUCGGCGAGUGUUGGAGUUCAUCAUACAUGACACAGAACAUAGGGAGAACAAGAGGAAGCUUGAAGAGCUGGAGAAAAUGCGCUCAAACAGCGGUAAAGAGCAGCAACACUAUGCCGAUAUGGUCAGAGAGGCACAGGAACAUGUCAGGGAAGCUAACAGGAAGUUAAAGGACGCGCGUAAGGACGUAGCUGCGGCCCGCGAAGAGAAAGACAUAUUGUCUACAGAACAACAACAGUUGUUGAGAGAGAAGACCAAGUUAGAACUUGGUAUCAAGGACUUGUCCGAUGAUGUCGAUGGAGACAAUAAAUCUAAGGAACGCGCCGAAGGAGAACUCGAGCGUCUUAGACAACAGAUAGCUGAGAAAGAACGUGAAUUAGAAGAGUUGAAGCCUAAAUACGAGGAGAUGAAGGCUCGGGAGGAAGAGUGUACGCGAGCUCUGGCACUCAACCAGCAGAAGCGACAGGAACUCUACGCCAAGCAGGGCAGAGGCACGCAGUUCACAUCCAAGCAAGACAGGGACAGAUGGAUUGAGAAGGAACUCAAGUCUCUAAACAAACAAAUAAAAGACAAGAAGGACCACGAGACGAAACUACGUGAUGACCUUCGCCGCGACGCGACCAAAUUGACAGAGUUGGAGAAGAGAAUAGAAGAGACUACAAAGGAGAUGGAGAGACAGAGAGUCGCUAUAGACGAGCACAAUAAACAGUAUUACGAGUGCAAGAAGAGGAAGGAUCAGGAGCAGAGUGCUAGGAAUGAAUUAUGGCGUAAGGAAACGUCACUGACACAGAAUCUGUCGUCUUUGAAAGAAGAUUUGGCUAAAGCUGAUCAAGCUCUGAGGUCUAUGGCGGGAAAGCCUAUCCUGAAUGGUAGAGACAGUGUGCGCAAAGUCCUGGAGACAUUCCAGGAGCGAGGGGGGGAGUGGGCCAAGAUAGCCACACAGUACUAUGGACCUGUCAUUGAGAACUUCACUUGUGAUAAAACUAUUUAUACUGCCGUUGAGGUGACAGCAGGUAACAGAUUGUUCCACCACAUCGUAGAAUCCGACACCGUGGGCACAAAGAUCUUGAAGGAGAUGAACCGACAAAGCUUGCCUGGAGAGGUCACCUUUAUGCCACUCAACCGACUGCAAGUCAGGGAUAUGGUCUAUCCUAAUGAUAAUAACGCCAUAGCCAUGGUGCAGAAGUUGAAGUACGACCCUAAGUACGCGAAGGCGAUGAAGUAUAUAUUCGGGAAGACGCUCAUCUGCAGGAACUUGGAGUGUGCCACUGAGUUAGGGAAACAGUUCCAUCUCGACUGUGUCACCUUGGAGGGAGAUCAGGUAUCUUCCAAAGGUUCCCUGACAGGAGGAUACUUCAACCAGUCUCGGUCUCGUCUAGAAAUGCAGAAGACUCGUUCAGAACUAAUGGAACAGAUCACCACACUGGAACAAGAGCUGAGCACAUUGAGACAGGAACUGAAUAAAACUGAGACCAGUAUCAACUCUAUCGUGUCUGAGAUGCAGAGGACUGAAACUAAACAGGGGAAGGCUAAGGACAUAUUUGACAAAGUAAAGGCUGAUAUUCGUCUAAUGAAAGAAGAGCUCGCGUCGAUAGAAAGGUUCCGCGGUCCUAAGGAGCGCUCCCUAGCGCAGUGCCGCUCCAGUUUGGAAGCUAUGCAGGCUACUAAGGAAGGACUGGAGUCUGAAUUGCACCAGGAACUUAUGGAGCAGCUAUCGACGGCGGACCAAGGCAAGGUGGACGAGCUGAACGACGCGAUCCGACGUCUCACGCAGGAGAACAAGGAGGCCUUCAGCGCUAGGAUGAACUUGGAAGCCACUAAGAAUAAACUCGAAAACUUACUCACUAAUAACUUGAUUCGACGUAAAGACGAGUUAGUACAGGCCCUACAAGAAAUAUCAGUAGAAGACCGCAAGCGCAGACUGGCAAACAGCAAGGCAGAUCUCGCCGCCACUGAGAAACGUAUCAAACAGAUCAACAAAGAACUAGAAGAAGUCGAAAGAAAGGUCCAGGCCGCCGUCAAGAAUGAAAAAGCCUUGAAAUUGGAGCUCGAUAAAUGGAGGAAUAAGGAAAAAGAAGCUCAAGACAAAAUGGAGGAAGACGCGAAAGGCUUAGAGAAGAUGGCAUCUAAAGAAGUGUUGCUACAAGAGAAAAUACAGGAAUCUCUCGACAAGAUCGCAGCUUUAGGAACAUUGCCCAAUGCACCCGAGCUACACGCCAAGUAUCAGAAAAUGUCACUGAAGCAGCUGUUCAAAGAGCUUGAGAAGGCGAACCAGCACCUGAAGAAGUACAACCAUGUCAACAAGAAGGCGUUGGACCAGUUCAUUAGCUUCUCGGAACAAAAAGAGAAACUUUACAAGAGGAAAGAGGAAUUGGAUAUAGGAGGCGAGAAAAUCCGUGAGCUCAUAGAGACAUUAGAACAUAGAAAGUUAGAAGCUAUACAGUUCACGUUCAAGCAAGUGUGUAAGAACUUCACUGAGGUGUUCAAGAAACUGGUGCCUCAAGGCAGGGGCAGUCUCAUCAUGAGGGUUAAUACAGAUGAUGGACAGGAGGCUAGUUCUGAGCGUGCAAAAGCAGAUCCAUUUACGGGUGUGGGUAUCAAAGUAUCGUUCACUGGCGGAGAGGGUGACAUGCGAGAGAUGAACCAACUGUCCGGUGGACAGAAAUCGCUCGUCGCGUUAGCUCUUAUCUUCGCUAUACAGAAGUGUGACCCUGCGCCCUUCUACUUGUUCGACGAAAUCGAUCAGGCGCUAGACGCACAGCACCGUAAAGCUAUAGCCAACAUGAUCCACGAAUUAUCAACAUCAGCUCAGUUCAUCACGACUACUUUCCGACCUGAACUACUGGAGCACGCGCACAAAUUCUACGGAGUCAAGUUCCGGAACAAAGUGUCCCACGUUGAGUGCGUCACACAGGACGAGGCUCGAGACUUCGUCGAGGACAGCGCUACACAUGCGUAG